AUGUACCUGCUUUGCCUGCUAGGAAACCUCUUGAUAAUCUUGCUGAUCUUCUCCAAUGCCAGCCUCCUCCAUGCUCCCAUGUAUUUCUUCCUCUGUCACUUGUCAUUGGCUGAUCUUGGGUUGAGUUCCACCAUUAUACCUAAAAUGCUGCAGAACCUGCUGUCCCACACAAACUUCAUAUCCUUCAGUGGUUGCCUGACCCAGGUGUAUUUCUUUGUAAGUUUCUGUGCAACAGAGAACUUUCUCCUGGCCUCCAUGGCGUAUGACCGGUAUGUAGCCAUCUGCCGCCCCUUGUAUUAUACCAGAAUUAUGAGCUACAAAUGUUGCUUAUGUUUGGCUGUUGCUUCUUGGCUCACUACUGUUGCUUUGUUCUAUGGGACUCUGUUAGGCAUCUAUAUCCGUCCAUCCUCCACCUAUUCGGGGUCUAAGUUGAAAAUUGCAUCAAUAUUAUACACAAUGGUGACUCCCAUGCUCAAUCCUUUUGUAUACAGCCUGAGGAACAGCAAGAUGCAUGAGGCUAUGAAAAAAAUAAUCAUGGCCAGCUAA